AUGGAAGUUGAAUUGUUAUUGGUAACAUUAGGUUUUGCCCUAUCUAUGAUCUUCUACAUAUCCAAUACAAGAAUAAAAAAAAGACCAAAACACCCUCUUCCACCGGGGCCAGCCGGCUUCCCUCUCAUCGGCUGCCUGCCAGAGAUGAUGAUAAACAAGCCAACAUUCCGGUGGAUGCACAACUACAUGCAAAGACUCAACACCGAAAUCGCCUGCUUUCGCCUCGGCGUUGUCAACGCCGUCACCAUCACCUCUCCUGAGCUUGCUCGACAGUUCUUGAAGGAGCACGACGCCGUUUUUGCGUCGAGGCCAGACAUCAUGUCGGCCCGCCUAGUGAGCAACGGCUAUCUGUCGACAGUUCUUGCGCCUGCCGGCGAUCAGUGGAAGAAAAUGAGGAGAGUUAUGGUGUCGGAGGUGCUCGCAACGGCUGUUCAUGAAUGGCUCCAUCCAAAGAGAUGUGAAGAGGCCGACCACCUCAUUCGAUAUGUCUGCAACCAAUGCCGGAAAAAUGGGACCGUGAAUGUGAGAGAGGCGGCGCGGCUUUACUGCGGCGGCAUGAUUCGGAAGUUGAUGUUUGGAGAUAGGUUGCUCGGACGGGGAACGGAGGACGGCGGCCCGGGAUUCGAAGAGAGACAACACAUGGAUGCAUUGUUCACAAUCCUCUCCUAUACCUAUGGAUUUGCUAUUGCUGAUUUUAUAUUAUGCCUCCAUUGGUUUGAUUUGGAUGGUCAUAAAAGGGUUGUCACAAAUGCCCUUGAGUGUUUGAGAAAAUAUCAUGAACCAAUAAUUCAUAAUAGGGUUGAGAUGUGGAGAAACGGUGUUAGAAACACCAAUCAAGAUAUUCUUGAUGUUUUGAUUAGCCUCAAAGACUCCAACAAUGAUCGGUUGUUGUCGAUUCAAGAGAUCAAAGCUCAAGUUAUUGAAAUACUAGCAGCAGCGGUUGACAAUCCAUCGAAUGCAGUUGAGUGGGCCUUGGCAGAGAUGAUGAAUGAACCUCGUCUUCUUGAAUUAGCCACCAAAGAGUUGGAUGAUAUUGUUGGUCGGAAAAGGCUAGUUGAAGAAUCAGAUUUGUGUGAACUGAAUUAUAGCAAGGCUUGCAUUAAAGAGGCAUUCAGACUGCAUCCCGUGGCAGCUUUCAACCUUCCACAUGUGUCGACUGCGGAUACUAUCGUAGGUGGCUACAUGAUAUCGAAAGGGAGUCAUGUGAUGUUGAGUCGCAUGGGUGUAGGCCGGAACCCUAGAAUUUGGGAAGAUCCUCUGAAGUUUAAACCGGAACGUCACCUUGCAGUUGCAGAUGAAGAUGAAGCAGUAGAGCUUAAUGAUCCGGAAUUACGAAUGUUGUCGUUUGGCAGUGGAAGACGAGGUUGUCCCGCUGUCAAGCUUGGUUCUACUAUGACAACUAUUCUUUUAGCGAGGCUUAUUCAGGGUUUCAAGUGGAGGCCACCAUCAAAUAUUCAUCUGCUCGAAUCACAUAAUGAUUUGUUCAUGGCUAAGCCAUUGAUUAGUGGUGCGAUACCUAGGUUAGAACCACAAGUCUAUCAUCGCUUACUAUAG